AUGUACAAAGAGACAAUACGGAUUAAAGGCGAAACACAAGGCAAAUUGGAUAUCAUACGGACAACAAAUGAAAUACCCAACAAACAAUAUUUAAAUGAUUUAUAUAAAAUAAAUAAAAAACUCAAUCAGGCAAAAAUACGUCCAGCGUUUGGAGCACGAGGAGAAGGUGUUGUACUGAACAAUGAAAUGUCAGUAAACACUGGAGAAUUGCGUAAUAGCGUUCAACACAAUAAAGGUCCAAAUGUACUUGGAGGUGUAACUCGGGGAAUACCGGAAUCACACGCAACUAUAUCAACAUCUUCAAUAAAUCAAGUGCGAUUUAUUUAUCAGAACUCAAUAACUAAGAAACGUGAUAUCAGCGAUGCUUCUAACGAUACAGUCACAUCUGCGACAUAUAAAUCUGCUUUACUAAUUUUGAAUACUGGAACUCCGUUUAAUUUUGGAAAAUUGUGCAAGAAAUUAAGUAAGGAAUUUUUCGAAAACAUUUCAAGCAAAAAAGAUUUCGAAAAUGUUAUGUUCGGAAUGGGCCUAAGUUAUACAGAAGAUGUUAUUGACUUUCUUUUGAAAUUGGCUAGUGACAUAAUCACUUCUAUUAGACCUGGAAUACAAGCUCAUAUAGGAAUAUUUAUCUCUACUGAAAGCAUUUUGUAUAAAAUGUUAGAUCAUUGUUUAACUAAUUACGAAUCUAGAUCUCUAAAAUUUUUACAAAAUCAAUCGGAUGUAAUCAAAACAGCUGUUAAAAGACAUUUUCUUUCAUUUAAUCCAAAUAACAGUGGAUUACAAUAUUCCUGUGCGACGUGUAGUGGUUAUUAUACUAAUUAUAGUGGCUAG